AUGGAAAGUGCCAACCAGACUGCCUCUGUGACAGAGUUUAUUCUCCUGGGCCUCUCUGCCCACCCAAAGCUGGAGAAAAUGUUUUUUGUGCUCAUCUUGUCAAUGUACCUGGUGAUCCUGCUGGGCAAUGGGGUCAUCAUCCUGGUAACUGUGUCUGUCUCUCGCCUGCACACACCUAUGUACUUCUUCCUGGGGAACCUCUCCUUCCUGGAUAUCUGCUACACAACCUCCUCGGUGCCCCUCAUUCUUGACAGCUUCCUGACCCCCAGGAAAACCAUCUCCUUCUCAGCCUGUGCCUUGCAGAUGUUUCUCUCCUUCGCCAUGGGAGCCACAGAGUGUGUGCUUUUGGGCAUGAUGGCAUUUGAUCGCUAUAUGGCCAUCUGCAACCCCCUUAGGUACCCUGUGGUCAUGAGCAAGGCUGCCUAUGUGCCCAUGGCUGCCAGCUCGUGGGCAGCUGGAAGUGCUGCGUCCAUGGUUCAAACAUCCCUUGCAAUGAAGCUGCCCUUCUGUGAGAACAAUGUCAUCAACCACUUCACCUGUGAGAUCCUGGCUGUCCUGAAGUUGGCCUGUGCUGACAUCUCCAUCAGUGUGAUCAGUAUGGGAGUGACAAAUGUAAUCUUCCUUGCAAUCCCAGUCUUGUUCAUUUUUGUCUCUUAUGUGUUCAUCAUUGCUACCAUCCUACAGAUCCCCUCAGCUGAAGGGAGGAAAAAGGCCUUCUCCACCUGCUCUGCCCACCUCACAGUUGUGGUUGUCUUCUACGGAACCAUCCUCUUCAUGUACAGGAAGCCCAAGUCCAAGGAUCCACGGGGGUCAGACAAACAGGACCUUUCAGACAAGCUCAUUUCCCUCUUCUAUGGGGUGGUGACCCCCAUGCUCAACCCCAUCAUCUACAGCCUGAGGAACAAGGACGUGAAGGCUGCUCUGAGGAAACUGGUGAGUCAGAAAUGCUUCACCCAGUGA